CGCGGCACACUCGAGCCAGCGCACAGGGACCGCGGCUGUCACGGCGCUCCGAGCAUCCCGGGGCUUCCCGAGCGGAAGAGUCCAUCCCUGCGGGAGCUAAGGGUGCAGCCCCAGCCCUCCCGCUCCUCUCUGGGAGCCUCACGCCUCGGGCGAGCGUCCGUGAUUUAGCACAAAGCACGUUUCCAAAAAGCCGCGCUCUCACGCACGCACCCCCUCCCCCCUUUGUUUCGGGGGUCGCCAGACCGCUCUCCUCCCCAAGUCUGAAUUCUUCAGAAGGGGCGGAGGGCCGCCGAGUCUCAGCUGAGAAGAUGCCCCUGGAGCUGACUCAGAGCCGGGUGCAGAAGAUCUGGAUCCCGGUCGACCACCGCCCCUCGUUGCCCAGAUCCUGUGGGCCAAAGCUCACCAACUCCCCAACGGUGAUCGUCAUGGUGGGCCUCCCAGCCCGGGGGAAGACGUACAUCUCCAAGAAGCUGACCCGCUACCUCAACUGGAUUGGCGUCCCCACGAAAGUGUUCAACGUGGGCGAGUACCGCCGGGAGGCCGUGAAGCAGUACAGCUCCUACAACUUCUUCCGCCCCGACAAUGAGGAGGCCAUGAAAGUCCGCAAACAGUGUGCGCUGGCUGCCUUGAGAGAUGUCAAAAGUUACCUGACGAAGGAAGGGGGCCAAAUUGCAGUUUUCGACGCCACCAAUACUACUAGAGAGAGGAGACACAUGAUCCUUCAUUUUGCCAAAGAAAAUGAUUUCAAGGUGUUUUUCAUUGAGUCUGUGUGUGAUGAUCCUACAGUUGUGGCCUCCAACAUCAUGGAAGUGAAAAUCUCCAGCCCGGAUUACAAAGACUGCAACUCAGCAGAAGCUAUGGACGAUUUCAUGAAGAGAAUUAAUUGCUAUGAAGCCAGCUACCAGCCCCUUGACCCCGAUAAAUGUGACAGGGACCUGUCCCUGAUCAAGGUGAUCGACGUGGGCCGGCGGUUCCUGGUGAACAGGGUCCAGGACCACAUCCAGAGCCGCAUCGUGUACUACCUGAUGAACAUCCACGUGCAGCCCCGCACCAUCUACCUGUGCCGGCACGGGGAGAGCGAGCACAACCUCCAGGGCAAGAUCGGAGGAGACUCGGGCCUGUCCAGCAGGGGCAGGAAGUUCGCCAAUGCGCUGAGCAAGUUUGUGGAGGAGCAGAACCUGAAGGACCUCAAGGUGUGGACCAGCCAGCUGAAGAGCACCAUCCAGACGGCGGAGGCCCUGCAGCUCCCCUACGAGCAGUGGAAGGCGCUCAAUGAGAUUGACGCCGGCGUCUGUGAGGAGAUGACCUACGAGGAGAUCAAAGACACCUACCCCGAGGAGUACGCGCUGCGCGAGCAGGACAAGUACUACUACCGCUACCCCACCGGGGAGUCCUACCAGGACCUGGUCCAGCGCCUGGAGCCUGUGAUCAUGGAGCUGGAGCGGCAGGAGAACGUGCUGGUCAUCUGCCACCAGGCCGUCCUGCGCUGCCUCCUGGCCUACUUCCUGGACAAGAGCGCAGAGGAGAUGCCCUACCUGAAAUGCCCCCUUCAUGCUGUCCUGAAGCUGACGCCUGUCGCUUACGGCUGCCGAGUCGAAUCCAUCUACCUGAACGUGGAGUCCGUGAGCACGCAUCGGGAGAGGUCAGAGGAUGCAAAGAAGGGACCUAACCCGCUCAUGAGACGCAAUAGUGUCACCCCACUAGCCAGCCCCGAGCCCACCAAAAAGCCUCGCAUCAACAGCUUUGAGGAGCAUGUGGCCUCUACCUCCGCUGCCCUGCCCACCUGCCUGCCCCCGGAGGUGCCCACGCAGCUGCCCGGACAACAGAACAUGAAAGGCUCCCCGAGCGGCGCGGAGGCCUCCAGGACGCACUGACGCAGCCCCGCCGGCGCCCCGCCCUUUCGCUCCCGCAGCUUUGCUCCUGCCCUUCUGUCUGCCCAAGGCCAGCGAUCCCGAGGACAUCUCCCGGAGGGCGGCGUGGAGGAGGGGCUGCUGCUCCAGGAGGACCGGGCCCCCGCCUGCCUGUGCUCCCCUGGCCUUCGGGCCACGCGCCCCGCGGACCCCUUGAGGCCCGGGAAGGACGAUGUGCAGUGGAGGCGGGACGGCGGCGCCUCCCCGUGGGCUUGUUCAUCUCGUCUCUGGACCUUCCGUGCUGGGGAGAUGACACUGCCCCGAGUCCUAACCUUAAAUGGGGCCUGGAUCUCAGCUGCUGAAGGUUAAGGGACACUGAAGACUUUCAGAUUGGUGCCUCUCGGCCUGGACGUUGCCUCCUGCAGGGAGCCCUUGGCCCGCGCUAGGUUGGGGUCGGCCGGGAGAGCCUGGAGGUGGACCUGCUGGUCAGCCAGGCAGUGACCCUCCGCGUGUCGCUCACCCUCCCGGGUGUGUGUCCUGUCUCUGAAGAUGGUGUGGGACCGUCUAGCUGCGGAGGCAGGAGGAAAUACGUUGCCGAAAGAUCACCGGGGCCUCGCCUUCCAGGGAAGGCUCCUGCCUGGAUUCGAGGCGCCGGGGACACGGCUCUCCCAGGGCUGCUGGCUCGUGCACUUUUUUUAUGGCAGAGAGUGUGACCUGAAAGUCACACCUUCAGGAACUUAGAUGUUUGCAUUUUGCGCCCUUGGGGUUGGAGCUCUGAAAGGAUGUGGGAGUUGGGCAGCCUGUGGGGAGGGGAGGGACCCCUCACCCCGUAAAACGGCCCGGGAACAAGGGCCUGGCCUCCUCCUUUGGGGCCUUCAUCACGUCCUGUGUUUCCCUGGUGGGGACAGUGGCCCAAGCCAGGCCUCGCUCGCGGCCACUUCCUCCGAGAGCCUGGCUCUCCGCUGUCUCCUGGCAGGAUUCAGCUCGGUUCCCUACGCUGUGUCAAGCGUCUGCUGUGUGCCCAGCGUGGAGCUGGGUGCCUUGGGCGAUUCUGGAGGAGAGAAUGUCCUCGUUUGCCUUCAUGGCACCUGUGGCAUUUUGGGGGCGUGGUUCAAGGCAGGGCUUGUGGACACGUGGUUCUAAACACCUGUAGUCUCCGCCUGCGGGUUUUCCUCUGAGGCCUCCGAGGACUGGGGGAGGGGGGGUGUCGAGGCCCAGGAGGAUGGAUUUGGACUCAGCGAUAGAGUUUGUCCAAAUGACCCUUUUCAGGAUUUCUGAAAGCCGGUGCCAAAGGUCACCUUCCCUUCCCUUCUUGCCUUCUGCUUUGGGGUCCCACAUCCUUACCCCUCUUAGCUUGUGCAGUAGUCACUGGGGGUAGAGGCAGGGGCGUCUAGACAGCUGGAGCUGGGAGUGGGGAGAGGAGCUGUUUUGGGGUUUUUGUUUGAGAGGAGCUUGUAGAAAAAUUCACGUUCCUCUGGUUGGGAGAAAUGGGCACACGAUUCAGACACCCUACAACCAGGUUUGUGGGUUUCACACAAAACCAUUCAAAUCCUCCCUUCCCUUAACUGGCCAUCUUCCCAAGACGAUGUCUCUCUGUACAUUCCUGUGCAAGACUGGUUACUUUCUCUCUUUCCUGCUGUCUUGUCAGACGCGCGUGUGUGUGUGUGUGUGUGUGUGUGUGUGUGUGUGUGUGUGUGUGUGUGUGUGUGUGUGUAGGUUUGUGUUUUUAGACAGAGGGGCCUGCGGCUCUGCUCUUGAGAAUGGCUCUCUUAUGUCCACCUUUUGGUUCCUUCUCUGGUUGUCGGAGCUGACCCUGAAGUUUGACUCUUCUGGCUGGUCUGAGUGGGGUCUUCGUGAAGGUGUGUUCCCCCUUGCCUCUGACUGCCCGAAAUCAGUGCAUCCACACAGGAUGCGCUUGGCCUAACCCGGGACCUUGGUUUUCAGGAGCCUCAGUGGGGAGAGAGAACAUCAAUAUGGGCGGGGAGGGGAGAUGGGGAGAGGGCGGAGGCUGGGAGACUGGAGACCAGGGGCCUGACAUCUGAGGAGGGAGGCGGUGGACAAGGGUGUGUCUGAGCCACGGUCUCAGGGCUUCUGCAACGCCGACCAUUGACUCUCACUCCCUCACCCCCCGGAAAACAUCUGGGACCAAUAUUUUUAACUUUGCAUGUUUGUUUUGGGGGCAGGCUCACCCCUCUCCUUCUGUCCUGAGACUGUGGGCAAAGCUCUUCGUUUGGGGGCGGGGGGAAGAAAGACUGUUGGAACCACGCCAAUGACGUUUUCGUUUCUAAUACUUGAAAUUUAUUUUUUUAUUAUUUUGAUAGCAGAUGUGCUAUUUAUUUAUUUAAUAAGUAUAAGGGAUCCUGAAGACGGAAAGCUGUAUAGAUUGGGUCUUGUUAGUUGGUUGGCUUGGGGGCCUUUUACGUGUGAUUUCUGAUUUCUCUGUGUUCUGUAUACAUUUGUCUGAAUUAAUUACCCGGGAUGAGGCUGUGCCAGCUUUCAAACAGGGGAUGCCUGUCGGAACUUUGUAUAUUUUGCAGUUGCCGGAACAAUAAAAUACCUGGUUGAAAUACA